AUGGUCUGCGUUCACGGGCGGUAUCGGCGACGUGUGGAAGACACCAUCUUGAAGGCCCAGGAGUCCAGGCAGCCGGCGAUGCACAAGAACAAGUUCGUUGAGGUCUGCGAAGCCAUGCUCCCGCCGAACAUCCGCUUGACGGGCGAGGCAGCAGAUCUGCUCCGGUCUGCGGCCGAGGAGAUGGCGGUCGACUACUUGCGUGCACUGCAGGCGGCAUCGACUGGAAGGGGAGCUUGCGAGAUCAAGCCGCCAGAUGUGCAGACGGUCCGCGUGGCACUUUCAACGGCAGCAAGAUGGCGCGGGAUUCUCGCCGCUUAG